UUCUAGAUAACUUGAAUUCGGUCUCGUUUUCUGUUUCUGAACGUCGCAGGUGUUAAACAAGCCGUUUGCGGCGCGAUACACGUCUGAGUAAAGCUGUACACGCAGCCGCGAGGGAGUGCAGCUCCUUACUGCAGAUCCAGCUUGCUCCUGAACUAAGAACAUGGCAGAAACGGCUGAGAGCAAGAAGGAUGAAGCAGACUAUAAGAGACUACACAGUUUUCCUCUGAUUAGGCACACAGACAUGCCAGAGGAAAUGAGAGUGGAGACCAUGGAGCUGUGUGUCACAGCGUGUGAGAAAUUUGCCACAAAUAAUGAGAGUGCUGCUAAGAUGAUAAAGGAGUCAAUGGACAAGAAGUUUGGCAGCUCGUGGCAUGUGGUGAUCGGAGAGGGCUUCGGCUUUGAGAUCACGCAUGAGGUGAAGAACCUUCUCUACAUGUUCUUUGGGGGAAGUCUUGCCGUGUGUGUAUGGAAAUGCUCCUAACACACACACACCCCCCCACGUACUUCAUAAAGCACAAACACUGCUAAAGACAAAUCUUCCAAUCUGAGCUGUGGCACACACUCAGUCAAGCGCCAGUCAAGUUUUUCUUGUUCUAACUAGGGCUGCAACAAUCGAAUGUUUUUUUUUUUUUUUCUUCCAAUUUUAUCUCAGAUAUUCAAAUGUUAAAUACAUAAAAGGAAAGCACAAGAUAAUUUUUCAUUUAAUCAUUAGCACGAAACGAGUCAUUUUAUUAAUACAGUUGAAAUGCUACAAGUUCGUGGAAAAACAUCACAGUUAAACAAUUGUUAUCAUAGCAACGCGUCAGUGAUGAGAAGAGCAGGAGAGCAGACGAAACAUCGUCUUUUUAACCACAUUGUCUUAUAAACUGAAAACUUUUUGGUCAACUUUUUUUUCAGUGAGCAAAAGAGUAACUAUGUUUUAGACUUUAUGUUGGUUUUCAAGCCAUUCAAAAAUGCUUUAUACAUGAGCAUUGUCUUAUCUACUGGUGCCGUUUUAAUUAGUUUUUUACUGCUUUGGACGGACAGCUUGCUAACCAGUGCGCUUCCAUUUAUUCACGGAAAUAAACGUUUUUUUCUUAUCAUUUUCACUGGCUGCGCUUUUUGAGCUAGAACUACAAAACAUUGCAGGAUCAUAGAUCCUAUACAGGAAUAGUUGGCUUGCACUUUUGGGAACCUUCAUUUAAAUAAAGUAUUUUCCUAUAGGAAAUGAAUGGUGGAAUGCGCAUUAAAUAUAUACGCACAUAUUAGCAACCGCCUUGGACACCAUAGAAAUGGCCUAGCAAGAUCUUAGCAAUGACCUGGGAAACCAUAGUUAUGGCCUAGCAACACCUUAGCAACCACCUGGGAUACCAUAGCAACAGCCUAGCAACACCUUAACAGCCACUUGGGAUUCCAUAGCAACAGCCUAGGAAUACCUUAAUAACUGUUUGGCAAUGGACUAGCAACACCUUAGCAACCACAUGGGAUGCCAUAGCAAUGGCCUAGCAGCACCUUAAUAGCUGCCUGGCAUUCCAUGACAGUGGCCUAGCAACACCUUAGCAACCACCUGGGAUGCCAUAGGAACACCUUAGCUACCACUUGGGAUACAAUAGCAAUGGCUUUAACAAGCCAGUUUAAAGUUCAUUCACAAAAAUCCCCCUCUUCAUGUUGCCUUUCUGGUUUUUUAACAUUUUAAUUGAAGUUAUUGAUUUUAUUGAAUAUUUGUUGCAGCCCCAGUUCUAACACGUCUUUCUCAAAUCAAGCCCUUAGUAAGUUCAGGUCAUUAUGUUCAAUGUAGAGUGAAUGCAUGACACUGCAGUGCUCUGGAUGUCUGUGUACAGGUAUGUGCACAUGUGCAUCGUCACCAUUGCGUUUACAGAAAUGCAUCAUUGGUACAAACAGUUGAUUAUUUUUCCUGGUGAGAUUUUAUCAGGAGAAAUAUGACAUUUCACGUUUUCUGGUUCUCCGUCCAACGACUGUCACUCUCCGUACUGCCAGACCAUCUGGAUAUUCAUCUCUGUCUCUGGUCAGCUGUCUCUCUCACUCUGUUUUUCUCUCUCGCCCCCCCCACCCCCUCUCCGAUUGUCCCCCGCCCUAAAUAUCUGUCAAAUCUGUAUUUUUAUAAGAAAUAUAUUUUUCCAGUCUUCUGUGAAUAAUUCAUGUAUAUAUUUUAUAGAAAGUUAUUGUAAGUUUUGUAUAUUUUGUGAAAUUGU